AUGGCAAUCGAUCUUCUGAAUGGCUUCUUUCAAGCAGGCCGCCAAUACGUCAUAGAAAGACGGAAGCUUCGCCAGAUCAAGCAACAGGAAGGGGAAAAGUUCUCCCAUUUCCUUCUAAGACUUCGACAGCAAACUAGAAACUGUGGGUUUGAACAACAUUCCAGCGAAGUCAGUGAGAUUCUGAAGGAAAUAUACCUAACAGACGUUGUUGUAGAAAACUGCCGGUCGGAUGAUUUGAGAAGAAGCAUUUUGAAAAAGGAUCGUUCUUUAAGCGAGAUAGAGGAGAUUGCUGCGAGUAUCGAAGACACCGAGUUGCAAAUGUUGAACUUGAAAAAACCGCCACCUGCUCUUGAAGAACAUGCUGCUUAUGAAGUCAGUAAUGUAAGAAACUUGAAACGAUCUCCUCCACCAACUAUUCGACCUACGGUUUAUGGAAGAGGGGAUAAGAGAAUAUCCCCAAGAUCAGAAGAGCGAUCUGAUUUUUACAAUCUCGCUGAUAAGAACAAGUCUUCUUGUUUCGCGUGUGGUGAACAUGGCCAUUUUGCGAAAUCUUUCAAUUGUCCAGCACGAGGUCAGACAUGUCGCCGAUGUCGGACAUGUCGCAAACGGAAGAUUGACAUGAAGGUGAUUGCCAAUCCCAAAAGAGUUUAUAAUAUGGAAAGGGUUGAUCCUGUUACGCCAACGACGGAAAACAAUCAGAAGGAGGAAAAAGUGUUUUAUGCAUUCUAUGGUGGAAAUACGACAAAUGUUCUUCCAGGAAUAUUUGGUGGUGUAUCUGUGCAGCUUCUAGUUGACUCCGGUGCCGAUGCAAAUUUGAUUAAACCAGAAACAUGGGAAAUGAUGAAAAGAAAUCUAGUUCGGGUCAAGAAUUCUAUAAAAGGUUCCUCUAAAGUCUUGAAAGGUUAUGGUAGUAACAAGUCACUUACCAUUGUUGGUUCAUUUGAAGCUGAGAUAAUAGUGGGAAAGGCGAAAACGGAUGCGGAAUUUUUCGUUGUACAAGGUGGACAGCGUGACAUCCUGGGCAAUAAUACAUCUAAACAGCUUGGCGUCCUUAAGGUGGGCCUACAUGUAAAUGAGAUUGACAUGAAGAAAAAACCAUUCAGCAAGAUCAGUGGGGUGCAAGCUGAGAUCCAUACGAAGCAACAUGUGAAACCGGUUUUUCAACCAUUACGUCGUGUACCAAUUCCCAUGGAGGAAGCAGUGAACAAGAAGUUGGAGGAACUCUUGGACCGUGACAUAAUCGAAGUUAAGCAAGGGCCAACUACAUGGGUAUCACCACUUGUAGUAGUUGGAAAGGCAUCAGGUGAACCACGAAUCUGUUUGGAUCUUAGACGAGUAAACGAGGCGAUUGUACGUGAGCGUUUCCCUAUGCCUGUUGUGGAGGAGUACUUGGCACGACUUUGUCAUGGGAAAGUGUGGAGCAAGUUAGACAUAAAAGAAGCGUUUCAUCAAGUCGAACUUGCUGAAGAGUCGAGAGAUAUUACUACAUUUAUAACCAAUCGGGGUCUGUUCCGCUUUAAAAGGCUCCCCUUCGGGUUGGUGAGCGCUCCCGAGAUUUUUCAGAGAAUCAUGGAAGAGAUAUUGGCGGGCUGUGACGGAGACCGAAACAUUGCCGAUGCACUUUCAAGGUUAUCAACGACAAGUGCUGUACCAUUCGAUCUUAAGGAAGAGGUUUUUAUCCGGGAAGUGGUGGAGCAUGCUGCUACUGCCUCUGCACUCAAAUGGGAAGAAAUUGAGGAAGCGAGCAAACAUGAUGAUGAGUUAAGUGAAGUGGGGCGAAUGAUUCAAGAAAAUGAUCACCGAAACUUACCGUUGGCAUUCAAAGUACUGGCAAACGAACUUUGUGUGGUGAAUGGGGUUCUGAUGAGAGUGGAUCGCAUAAUCAUACCUACCAAACUUCGGGAAAGAGUAUUAAGUUUAGCUCAUGAAGGACAUCCAGGUAUGCGACUGAUGAAAAGCCAUCUGAGGGCAAACGUUUGGUGGCCGAAUAUGGACCAACAGGUAGAAAAGUUCGUGAGGCAAUGUAGAGGAUGUUCACUGGUGGCAGCGCCGGGUGCUCCUGAACCGAUGACUCGGAAAGAACUUCCGAAUCAACCGUGGGUAGAUAUUGCAGCGGAUUUUCUUGGUCCGUUGCCAGAUGGACAAUAUCUUCUGGUAGUGAUUGACUAA